UGCCAGGAUGUUAAAGUAAAAAGGGUCUAUCUUCUUGAUCGACAAUUAGACCAGACCAGGUCUGUAGGGUUUUCUUCCCCCUCGCUCGGUCGCUCCUGGCUCGUCUUCCUCCUCGCGCGAGCGCCGCCACCCCUCCCUCCCCAUCCCGCUGCCGAGCGCCCCAGCCCCCUAGCGCGAGCGCCGCCUCCCCUCCCUCCCAUCACGCUGCCGAGCACCCCAGCCCCCUAGCUCGUCUUCCUCCUCGCGCGAGCGCCUCCACCGCAGAUAGGACUUGAGUUGCUAUUUAGGAAGGAUGGGCAAAGGCCCAGCACCAUUCAUUCACAUUGGGAAGGGAGCAAAAGAUCUUUUGUACAAGGACUACAAUUUUGACCAAAAGUUUUCUUUAUCGACAACUAGCAAUACUGGUUUGGGUCUCACGGCCACUGGCGUGAAGAUCGAUGAACUCUUCAUUGGUGACAUACAGACACAACAUAGAAGUGGUAGAACAACUGUUGAUGUCAAAAUAGAUUCUGAUUCAAUAGUGUCAACCACAGUCACUGUUAAUGAAGUGAUCUCUGGUUUGAACUCCAAAUUAAGCUUCAGGGUUCCUGAUCAAAUGUCAGGGAAGCUUGAUUUGCAAUACCUUCAUGAUCGAUUCGCACUGAAUUCAACCAUUGGUUUGACGUCAGCACCUUUGGUUGAGUUGGCAGCAACUGUAGGCACAAAUGAACUUGCUGUGGGUGCCGAGGUUGGGUUUGACAGUACUUCAGCUUCUGUUACCAAGUACAACUCAGGGAUCAGCUAUAACAAACAUGAUAUAUCUGCUGCCUUACUGUUGGCUGAUAAAGGCGAGACUUUGAAAGCUUCUUAUAUUCACUUGUUCAGCCCAACCAGUGCUGUGGCAGUUGAGGCAACACACAGGUUGAAAACAAAAGAGAAUUACUUCACCAUUGGGAGCUCUCAUGCUCUUGAUUCUUCCACACUGCUGAAGACAAGAUUUAGCAACAAUGGGAAAGCUGGGCUUCUCUGCCAGCAUGAAUGGAGGCCCAAGUCCUUUGUGACUCUCUCUGCGGAAUAUGACCCCAAAUUGGUUAGUUCCCCUUCAAGAUUUGGUGUGGCCAUAGCUCUGAAGCCUUGAUUAGCUGGAUGACCUCCUGUACAACAGCGCCAAUGUUAAGUAAUCAUAUAUACGUUGGAGCGACUUGCCAAAGCUCCGAUGAUUUUAACCCCUUUUGGCCUGGGAAACAUUGCCUAGGUGUUGUAAUCAGUUUUGCAGAAUGCCCCGAUUAUUCCACUAUGCAUUAUCAGUCCAAGAAUUGGAAAUAUACAGAGGUUUGUAACGGCACUAUAGCUUUACUCUUCCCGAAAUGAUAGUCUGGGUGCACACCUCCAAAAUAGUGCCGUUUUACACCAUGACAAACAUGAUACGGUUCAGCUGCCUGAGGAGUGGCAGAUUGU